UCUACAACACCAUUUCUACUUCCUCUCUCUCUCUCUCGCCAAUCUCUCCAGAUGCCCAAAUCCUCUCCUCGCCGCUGCUUUAAUUGCCAUUAUCUUCUCCACCGCGUUAGAUUCCGUACUCCGUCCUACUCCCACCAUCUCCGCCGCCUUCAUCCGCCUCCUCCUCUGUCUCCGCCGCAUUAUACAUGUUUACUAUGAUAACCAUCCUAGGGUUUCUCUGCGCCCCGCUGAUUGUGGGCGCUGGGUGAGGAAAUCUCUUGAGAUAUGCCGGUUCCUGGGACCCUAGAGUUUCAGGUUCUCCUUAUUGGAUUCGUGCUGCUCGUCUUCCUCCUCGUUCGCCGGCAAUGGCGAGCCUCCGCGGCGAGGAAGGAGGAGGUUUUUCGACUUGUUGCCUUCGCGACGGAGCAAUCUUACAUGGCGGAGGUACGAGCCGUUGCAAACUACGAGUAUGUCUCUGCUCCAAAAGUCCAUCGUUGCGCUGUUUGUCUCUACCCCACCACCACACGAUGCGCUCAGUGCAAAUCCGUUCGUUACUGUUCUAGCAAGUGUCAAAUUCUUCACUGGCGACAAGGUCACAAGGAUGAAUGUUGCCCUCCUUCUGGUCGCGAGUUUGAAAAGGAGGAGACUUUUAAAUCUGAUGAUUCAAGAGUAACAAAUAUGGGUUUUCCAUCCCACGGGACUGGGAAUGAAUCACUGGCUGAGUCUACUGAAAAUGGCCAUCUGAAUCAUGGUGGUGCUUCUGUUGAUGUCGACUGUGAUAUCUCCAGAAGUAGGCCUAAUGACCAGACACAAGCAAGCUCUAAAGCUAUGGAUUUCUCUCGUUCAUUAAGUCACAAGAAUAAUUUAUCUGAGACAAGAAAACUGAAUAGACAGAAAACACGUACUCGCCCUGAGGAGGUUGAUUCAGCAACAAUGUAUUCUAAGGGCAAGGCUGCUGCUUUUAGUGAUGUCCCACCACGAACAUUUAGCACUAGGAAGUCAGCUAGAUCGGGGGAUUCUUUAGAAAUGUCGAAUUUAGAUCAAUCUUCGUUACUUGAAGAGGAAGAAGGAGAUUUGAAUGUACUUGAACACGGAAAAGCUAAAUCUUUAAGAAAUGGUGGUUCUACAGAGAUGCCCUCUUCAUUAUCUGCUGCUCAUGCUUCAACUGGUUCAAAAACUCUGUUACCUUCAAAAUCGGGUGAUAAGCCAUAUAUAUCUCUGGCUGCUCGGAGUGGCCUGAAAGCAUCAGUGCAGAAAGUUGUACAGCAUUUCAGAGCCUCAAAUUCAUCAAAGUUGCCCCAGUCUUCCAGUGCCAUCGAUGAAGUUACUGGAAGAUAUAAUUUCAAGAUGAGCUUUCCAUAUGAGACGUUUGUGAAACUUUAUUUUUGUGAUGGAGUGGAAUUACACCCGUUUGGUCUUGUGAACUGUGGGAACAGUUGUUAUGCAAAUGCUGUUCUCCAGUGCUUGGCAUUCACUCGGCCACUUAUGUCAUACCUUUUUAGGGGUUUACAUUCUAAAGCAUGUCGAAAGAAGAGCUGGUGUUUUGUCUGUGAGUUCCAACAUUUAAUUUUAAAGGUGAGGGAAGGAGAAUCUCCUCUGUCACCUAUCAAGAUCUUGUCCAAAUUACAGAAAAUCGCAAAGCAUCUUGGUCCUGGAAGGCAAGAAGAUGCCCAUGAAUUUCUAAGGUGUGCUGUUGAUACCAUGCAGUCUGUUUUUCUCAAGGAAGCUGAUGCUGCUAACCAGUUUGCAGAAGAUACAACUUUAAUAGGCCUUACAUUUGGCGGAUAUCUGCACUCAAAGAUAAAGUGCAUGCAUUGCCGCCACAAGUCUGAGCGAUCUGAGCUAAUGAUGGAUUUGACGGUUGAGAUUGAAGGUGACAUAGGAAGCCUCGAAGAGGCACUUACUCAAUUUACAGCUUACGAGGUCUUAGAUGGCAAUAACCGCUACUACUGUGGCAGAUGUAAAUCAUAUAAAAAAGCAAAAAAGAAGUUGAUGAUAUUAGAGGCACCCAAUAUUCUUACCAUUGUGUUGAAACGGUUUCAAUCUGAUAACUUUGAGAAGCUGAGUAAACGGAUAUAUUUUCCCGAGGUUCUGGAUAUCGCACCGUACAUGAAUAGCCCGAAUGACAGCUCGCCUCUGUAUAGUCUUUAUGCAGUGGUGGUUCACUUGGAUGUCAUGAACACCGCGUAUUCAGGCCACUAUGUUUGUUACAUAAAGACCCUCCAAGGAGAAUGGUUCAGGAUUGAUGACAGCACUGUAACUCAUGUUGAGUUGGAGACCGUCUUGCUAGAAGAAGCAUACAUGCUUCUCUACGCAAGGCAUUCCCCGAGACCCCCAGCAUCAUUGAGCAAGAAUGUAGUAGUCUCUCGUGGUCGGAAGUCAAAGGAGAGAAGAAACUUGGAAGCAAUUCCGUCGAGCCGUGAUAAUGAUCCGUUAUUCUCCUCCAUUACAAAACAGAGAGAUUGCAAGGUUUCGUUGUCUGGAUCUCAUCAGAGGAUGCCUCGGGUGGAUUCGUCAAGUGGCAGUUUAUCUUCCCUUUUCAGCUCAUCGGACACGAGCUCUUGCAGCACUUCCAGCACGAGAGAUUCACAUUUGGAGAACUUGUCGGAUUAUUUGUUUGGUGGUCACUGAACCAGUUUUAUACUUCCUGUUUGUAAGUAACAAUGACAGCAGCAGUAGUGGUAACAAUGACAUCAGCUCUAACGUUUUGUUGAGGUUGAGUUGGUAUUACUGAACAUACCAACCUGGUAUCAUAAGAAAACUAAGUUGGUUUA